AGAAAACUUAUACGGCCUUGGGUGAGAAGAUGUACUUUCCGAAUGAUUGUCACUAUCAAGCCCGUGAACAAGCACACCCUCAAGAAGGACAAAACAGUGGCAACCCAUCCCGGCCUCAUUCGGAUAGUGGGAUGCCACAACCACACCACUACGGGCGAAGCGGCUCUGAAGGAACUGCGUGUCCUACCCAGCGUCGCACGCAGCUUUAACGAGUACUUUGAGCAAGGCAUGGGUGCUUCUGAAGCCGCUCGCCAUCACAGCAGGAAACGGGCAGCUGAGGGAGACGCGCUAGAGGUGGCUCGGAAGGACACGAAUCCAACGAGAAGGGCUGUGGAUUACAUGCUGCAGCUGUGGAAAAAGAACAAGCACAGAGGGCAAAACGACGCUGACGUGAUCCACUCGCUGAAGAGAUACGCCGCUGCCCAUCCCGAGCUCUCCAUUGACAUGCUGCAAACUGUCGAGCAUUUCUGCGUCUCGCUGGUUACGCCCUUCAUGAGAAGAGCCCACAAGGAGAUCAGAGAGGCGGGGGAAGUGGUGUACGUGGACGGGGCCGUGUCGGUGGACGGGCUACACACGUGUGUUCGUCCGCUGCUCUGCGCCACUCCGGCCGGCGCCGCGCCCCUGGGCGUCAUCUUCACAUCAGCUCAGGAUGAGGCGUGCCUGACGGCAGGGUUCAAGCUGCUGCAGAAGUCGUUGGGAGCUGAGAGCUUCUUCGGCAAGGGGAGACCGGACUGUCUGAUGACGGACGACUCCGCGCCGGAGUGCAGCGCGCUGGCGGCCGUCUGGCCCGAGUCGCGGCAGUUUUCGUCUGUCUGCCACACGCUGCGGCAGGUGUGGCGGUGGCUCCUGGACAACAGGCACGGUAUUGACAAGGAUCAGCGCCAGCAAUUGUUCAGUCUGACCAAGAGCCUUGUGAACGCCGAAUCGCCAGCGAGCUUCUCGGCCAUCUGGGAGACAUACCUAGCAGAUUCGAUGACCCAAAGCAGCUGUGAUUCCUUCAUAAGGUACAUGGGAGAGCUUAUGGAGCGGCGAGCAGAGUGGGCCCUGGCCUUCAGAAGCUGCGAGAUGCUCCGAGGACACCGCAACUAUAACUUCGCGGUGGCUUCAGUGUGUGUGCUCAAACACAUCGUCCUGAACAGGUCGUCGAAGGCGGAGAACGCCUGUCAACUCGUGCUGUUGACCGAGGAGUGGGACGACCUCGUGCGGCAGCGGCUGGCAGACGUGGCCCUCGGGCGGCGAGGGAAGAAAGCGACCGCCUGCGAGGCCACCGCCGGGCUCCAGGGCUAUGACGUGGUGCAGACAGAAGGUGGGGAUGGCAGCUUCAAAGUGAAGGGCGAGGGCGAUGACACUCAGGUGUACGAUGUGGACCUCAAAACCGGCUGGUGUUCAUGCACCAAGGGCCAGACUGGAGCCGUGUGCCAGCACCAGACCGCGUGUGCCGAGCACACCAUGACGAGGCUGCCGAAGGGGUACGUGGGUACCAAGGAGCGUCUCCGGCGGCUGGCGGCCGUGGCCACGGGCGAGGAGGCGGCACCGACGGAGGAUUUCUUCGCCUCCCUGUUUGAGCAGCAUGACUCUGACGGUCCGAGUGACGCUGCUGCUGCUGACGCAGGCACCACUGACGCUGCCUCUGACCCUCCCUCGGCCGAUGAGGCCAUGGAUGCGGCAUCUGAAGACGACACUGUGAGCGUCCAGCCGAAUCCUCGUCAGUCGCUGAUGGCACGGCCGAGCUCAGCUGUCGUGGACGCGCUUCUGUCGGCGUUUGGAGACAAAGUCAGGGCUCUGGGAGACGGCAUGACGGAGGAAGGCGCCAGACAAAUGACCAGUAGGCUGAAACGGAUGCGCACAAGCGCCCAACUGAACAGCGCACUUUCCCAGUUUGGCGACGGUGUUGCAUGAACGAUACCGGCUCACUUGUAUCGCCAGAAGGCGGGAUGGAUGCCGAGGGGCGUCGCAGUCAUCGCCACUGGUCACCUGUCUGUCUUCAAGAGCAUUGAAACUGAGGAACAGGGCGCAGAGCAUGGUAACCAACAUAACGCUACACCAAGUAAGUGUCGAGUUCUACGAAAGUACCCAUUCAGUGAAUAUUCUCGCGUGGUUUACAGUGUUUACCAGAUCAGAUCAUUAACAUUGGUGCAUUGCUUCCUUGUGUUUCUUAAACGUGUUAAGUCUUUCAAGUGUGUAACGUGGUGAAUUUUGUAAGAUGGUGUUAUGAGUGCAACCGUUUUGUGAACCGUAUUCCACCAGCAGUGUAGAUACAUGAAGCAUAGUGAAGUGAAGAGGUGUAGACACGUGGAGCUUCUGUGUGCAUGGUCCGUAAAGGCCGCCCCACACUGGACCUCGCAUGCGGGUUGCGGGUUUUUGGGUUUUCGGGUUUCUUCAAAAUUUAAUCAUACAAUCUAUACUGAGUGACCCACACUACCAUCUAACAAGCGAGUCUGCAUGUUUUUAGCUUGCGAGCUACCUUGCAUCGCAUUCCAAAAGUUAAUUUUGAGUCAACUUUCGAUUUUCCUCGCUGCGAGGUCUGCGAGUUCUGCGAAGUCUGGGAGUUUUUCUUUGGAGUCUAAUUUUGGUUCGUUGUGCUGGUAUUGCGACAAUAUGUAAUUUUCUGAAGGUGUACCGGCUUCACUGCAUUCAUGGAGUGACCAUAAAGGAACGGUGUAAUCACUCUAGAAUUAGUAUUAUGCCCGCAAACUCAAAACCUGCAAACUCGCAACCCGCAUGCGAGGUCCAGUGUGGGGCGGCCUUUAAUCAUUGGGAGAGAAUGCGUGUUGUAUGUCCAUUGUGCUAUUUGCACAUGGUCGAUACUGGUGACUGAGGAUAGUCGAUAUGUUAUUAUGCCACGCAUCCAUUGGUGAGCCUCGUCUUCGUUGUGUUUCAAUAAGGGUGUGAAUAAAAGCAUACGUGACUAUGAAAAAA